GCGGACCGCGGAAGGAAGCACCCACCGGAAGCCGCCCCGGGAUCCGAACAUGGCGACCGCCCGGUUCCUGCACUGGGGCCUGAGACGAACCGGCGCCUGGCUGCUCCCGCCGCCCGCGCGCUGUCCCCAGCGGGCUCUGCACAAGCAAGCAGAGGGCACCGAGUUCCAGAGCAUCUACAGCCUGGACAAGCUCUACCCGGAAUCCCGGGGCUCGGACACCGCAUGGAGGGUGCCGGCUGAAGCACAGAAGGCCAGUAACGACAUUCCUCUGGAUCGUUUGACGAUAUCUUACUGUCGGAGUAGUGGUCCUGGGGGCCAGAAUGUUAACAAAGUGAACUCCAAGGCUGAAGUCAGGUUCCACUUGGCAACUGCCGAGUGGAUCGCAGAGCCUGUGCGGCAGAGGAUCGCCAUCACGCAUAAAAAUAAGAUCAACAGGUCAGGAGAGUUGAUACUCACCUCUGAAUGUAGCCGCUACCAGUUCCGAAAUCUGGCAGAUUGUCUUCAGAAAAUUCGAGACAUGAUUGCUGAGGCCAGCCAGCCAGCGAAGGAGCCAUCCAAAGAAGACGCUGCACUCCACAGAAUCAGGAUAGAAAACAUGAAUCGGGAAAGGCUGAGAAAAAAGCGAAUACAUUCUGCCCUAAAAACAGACAGGAGAGUGGGUAUGGAUUGAAAUCCUCCAGAGCCGGCACGGCCCUCUUCAGGGGGUCCAUGCUGCCACAGCCGAGAGCAUGAACACCGUCAGGAGACCCUGUGUGUGGGGGUGUGUGGGUGUGUGGUUGUUAACACCUGUACACGAGAAUGUUCAUCUGGAAGGAGGGUUGCAGAGGUCUUCAUGAGCCAUCACCUACUGUCAGACCUUAAUUACUCGUUUACCAUAUGAGCUGCAUUAAAACUCCGCAAGAAAUGCA